AUGAUGUGCCCUACAAGAGAAGCACUCCCAGUUGAAAAAUGCAGGCUCCACGCAGUUCGUAUAGCAAGUAAGGGGAGUCCAUUACGGCCGCCUCGAGCUCACAGGUCAGUGUGGCUAUUUUCACGUUUCAACUCUAUCAUGGAAAAGAUAUGCAAGUCGACAGGUAGAGGCCAAGCGGCCCGCCGAGGGGCGUCCACCCUCGCACCCCAUAACCCAAAGCGUGAUGUGUCACAUAUGCGGACGGCCUCAAGGGCGGGGUCGGACCAUGCUGUCUGUCCACGAGGUUGGAUUCCAGAAUCGGCUGGAGCAGACAUGGAGCAGACCAAGUGA